AUGAUGCAAGGGGAGUCUACCCCUAGUGCUUCCCUUAUUGACAGAACUAUCAAGAUGAGAAAAGAAACAGAAGCUAGGAAAGUGGUUUUAGCCUGGGGACUCCUCAAUGUGUCUGUGGCUGGAAUGAUAUAUACUGAAAUGUCUGGAAAAUUGAUUAGUUCAUAUUAUAAUGUCACAUACUGGCCUCUCUGGUAUAUUGAGCUUGCCCUUGCAUCUCUCUUCAGCCUAAAUGCUUUAUUUGAUUUUUGGAGAUAUUUCAAAUAUACUGUGGCACCAACAAGUCUGGUUGUUAGCCCUGGACAGCAAACACUUUUAGGGUUAAAAACAGCUGUUGUACAGACUACUCCUCCACAUGACCUGGCAGCAACCCAAAUUCCUCCCUCUCCACCUUCUUCAAUUCAGGGUCAGAGUGUGUUGAGUUAUAGCCCAUCUCGUUCACCCAGUACCAGCCCCAAGUUCACCACCAGCUGUAUAACUGGAUACAGCCCUCAGCUACAAGGUUUGUCAUCAGGUGGCAGUGGUUCUUACAGCCCAGGAGUGACCUACUCACCCAUCACUGGUUAUAAUAAGUUGGCAAGUUAUAGUUCCUCUCCUCCUUCGUACCCGACCACUGUUGGGCCAGUGGAGAGCAGUGGAUUGCGAUCUCGCUACCGUUCUUCACCCACUGUCUAUAACUCGCCUACUGACAAACACGACUACAUGACAGACCUACGAACUUUGGAUACUUUUCUUAGAAGCGAAGAAGAGAAACAGCAUAGAGUUAAGCUGGGGAGCCCAGAUUCUACCUCGCCUUCCACCAGUCCUACUUUCUGGAACUACAAUCGUUCUAUGGGAGAUUAUGUACAAACUCUAAAGAAGUUUCAAUACCAGCUUGCCUGUAGGUCCCAGGCUCCGUGCGCUAACAAAGAUGAAGCUGAUCUCAGUUCUAAACAAGCUGCAGAGGAGGUUUGGGCAAGAGUGAGUAUGAAUAGACAACUUCUUGACCAUAUGGAUUCAUGGACAGCUAAGUUCAGAAAUUGGAUCAAUGAGACAAUAUUAGUGUCACUUGUACAAGAGAUUGAGUCUGUCAGCACACAGAUGAGACGCAUGGGUUGUCCAGAGCUGCAAAUAGGAGAGGCUAAUAUUACCAGUUUGAAACAAGCUGCUCUGGUCAAAGCUCCUCUCAUUCCAACUUUGAAUACAAUUGUGCAGUAUCUAGACCUUACACCAAAUCAGGAAUACUUGUUUGAAAGGAUCAAAGAACUUUCUCAGGGAGGCUGUAUGAGCUCGUUUCGAUGGAAUAGAGGUGGAGACUUCAAAGGACGCAAGUGGGAUACAGACCUGCCCACUGAUUCUGCUAUCAUUAUGCAUGUGUUUUGCACCUACCUUGAUUCCAGAUUACCUCCACAUCCUAAAUACCCUGACGGAAAAACAUUUACUUCUCAGCACUUUGUUCAGACACCAAAUAAACCAGAUGUGACAAAUGAGAAUGUCUUUUGCAUUUAUCAGAGUGCUAUCAACCCUCCCCAUUAUGAGCUAAUCUACCAGCGUCAUGUCUACAAUCUUCCAAAGGGCCGAAAUAAUAUGUUUCAUACAUUAUUAAUGUUCCUUUACAUCAUAAAGACCAAAGAGUCAGGAAUGCUUGGGAGAGUUAAUCUUGGUUUGUCUGGUGUGAAUAUCUUGUGGAUUUUUGGCGAGUAG